AUGCGCGCCCUCUUCCGUCGUCCUUCUGAGCAGCGACACGACGUCGCCGGCGGUCGCAUAGGCGGCUACGCCGAACCAGAAGAUUUGUCGUAUGCUCAAGCGAUAGCAGCCCGCGGAAUCGGCUCUUCCAGGGACUCGAAUGGGGCAGCCCUCGCAUCCAGUCGUCUGAGAUCCAGCUUCGAUGGCUUGUCUGGCGGAGCGCACAUUGGAGGCAUGCCGCCACCUGCACGUCCUGCCUCGAGCUCGCAGGUGUUGGGUGAGACUAGGAAGGCAAAGGUGCUAGGACUGGGAAGCAAAAGAGAAAAGACGAGGAGACGGAUGGAUCUCUUUGGCAGGAAGAAUGCUGACGCGGGUAUGGACAAAGGUGGCGCGGAGGGUGCCCAGUCCAAAGAGCCACUCGAUGACACGCUUUCCGAAGCCCAAUGGCGUACGGAUCGUGCUUUGGCCGAGGAGGCACGGACGUGGCGAGGGUCUACACGGCGAUCUGUGGAUCGAGAGCCAAUUGUGGUGAUGGGGAAAGUAAUGUCGGAUUCCGGCAAAGUUCCAAAGGCUUCCGUCGUCCCCUCGAGAAACGAUACCUCUGCGCCCCAUUCACCCGUACCCUCACCUGACCCACGACUGAGCCGCGGUAUGGCCACGAGUGGCCUAGUCCGACCAUGGGACCAAAACGCGGCGCCGCACAUUGAUAUGGCCAAGACGAGCAGCUCAUCCAGUGCCUCGAGUAGCACUCACACUCACACUGCAGCGCGCGCAAAUACCGGCCGUCGAGCUCCACCACCUCCCUUGACCCAAAUUUUUACAGACGGUCCGAUGUUUGGGAAUGGUCUAGCACCUCCGCAUCGUCCUUCAGCAUCAGUCUCUCUACCCCACUCUCCUGUCGAAAGUUCCAGGUCUGCCCGGUCACCUUCACGCCAACGAUCCAUUGGCUCGUAUGGAAGUGCAGACCCGUCUCCUUCACAGAAGCUUCAUGCGCGGUCUAGCUCUCAGAUGGCCAGCAUCCGCUCCCCACUCAGUCCGGGCAGCUUUCGCACCGCCACGUCUUCGAUGAUCAGCCCGCUCCCUUCGAGCGCAUUAUCUGGCCAGUCUGAGCCCAUCGAUACCACUGCAAGGCUCGCGCAGCAGCUUAACGAACUCGCCAUCGCGCACGGAGAUGGACUGCUCGGAGAGGAAGAAUACCGCAAGCUACGCGCUGCAGUCUUUUCGGAGAGCGGUGUCGGCAACCAAGAGGUGCCGCGAGAGGCGAGAUUGGAGACGCCCGACUUGGCCUCUAUUGACAAGCGCGCAGCGACCGCAGCACCGUCCUUGCGGUCUCAACGCUCGUCGAUUGCCAACUUUGCAGCGCUGUUCCGAAAGGGUUCUCUGCGCAACCUGCACCCGUCCCAUGGGGAAAGCAUGAACGUUGAUAAUUCUGGAGAUAGCAUAAACGCGCAAAGUCCUUCGCUCUCUAAACCUCGAAGCAUUUGGACUGCUGCAGCCUCGGUUGCUGGCCUAUCUAGAUCGGACAGCAAGACCCGCAGAGCACCUUCGGAAGCGGAGCUCGAAUCGGAGAUCCACAGGGCUCGCUCAGCGCGCACCUUGGGAGGAGUAAACGGCGACGGCAUGAGCGCCAAGCAAUCAAUCACCGGAGCCGGAUCCGGCUCAGUCGCCAGCGCAUCUGGCAUGCUUACUGGGGACUACGCAGAGAAGGGCGCCAAUGAGCUCAAGGCCGAGAUGGCAGUAGUCGAAGCGGAGCAAAAGAAGCUGCUGGAAGCCUUCAACGGAUUGGUCCAGACGGCCGUCGGACGAUCUGGGCUGGGACACGAACAGCUGCAAAGGGCGCAGAAUUCCGCGUCGCGCGCUCUGAGCCCGGAAAGUUCUAACGGGAGCGGCGACAAGAGUCAACAAGGCACGUGGAACCACUCAUUGCUUCGCAAAUCAUCAACGUCCAGCUCUGGAAGCAAGUCUCCUGCAAGAAGCAGACGUCGAGGGUUGGGCGACAGCAGUCAGGGAGAUCGGGAAUCUGCUUACGGGCUGUCUCCCAGCUACCCCCCAUCUGCUUUCCGGCAUGCUGCUCAGCUGCGUGGCAAUGGAUCGAAUGGUGAUCACGCUCAGCUCGCUGACGAUCUCGACGCCGAUAUGGGCGAUGAUCCAGAAGAGGAAGUGAGCGUGCGCGCGCUUCGGAAUGAAAUUGUGGAUAUUGGAAGGCGCAGAGAAGAUGUGAGGAGGAGAUAUGAAGAGAGGCUGGCCUUUCUGCGCAGCCUCGUGAGAAGUGCGACGCUAAGAGAGGGCUUGCGAAAGUGA